GAGUCCACAAGCACACACACACACACGCACACGGUAUGCGUGUGUAUGAGGAGAGGGGGGGCUGCUCGAGAAACGAAGACCAAGCCAGCAGUUGCUGAGCGGCUGCUUAGUUUGAGAGAGCAAGCUCUUUCAAUCCGUUCCUCUGCUGUCAUCUUGCCGUUGCCUUGCACUCUCUCUCUUUCUCUCUCUCUCUCUUUUUCUCUCUCGCUCUCUCUUCCGUCGUCUCCUCACGUUUGGAUUCAGUGGGGGAAUAAAGCAGGAGAACCCAAGGAGGAAAGCAGGCAGGAGGAAGCAGCUCUCUCCCUCUGAUCCUCCUCAUCAGAGCCCCAGCAGACACUGAGGAGCCAAUGGUCAUGGUGAAGGAGAAAGUGGCCCAUCCUCAGGAACCGCACCAUCCACCAGGAAAACUGGUCAUCCAGUGUUAUAAGUGUGGGGAGCCAUGCAAAGGAGAGGUUCUCCGGGUGCAAUCCAAGCACUUCCAUAUAAAAUGUUUCACAUGCAAAGUGUGUGGUUGUGACCUGGCCCAAGGUGGUUUCUUCAUGAAGAACGGGGAGUACCUAUGCACGCUGGACUACCAGAGGCUUCAUGGCACUCGCUGUAAUGGCUGUGGAGACUUCGUUGAAGGAGAGGUGGUCACUGCUCUUGGGAAGACUUACCAUCCAACGUGUUUUGUCUGCACUGUCUGCAAACGGCCGUUUCCCGCUGGUGAUCGAGUCACGUUUAAUGGAAAAGACUGUCUCUGCCAGCGUUGCAUCCAGCCAACUUCCCCGACUCCUAAAGACAUCAGCACCUCUAGUAACUGUGCAGGAUGUGGCAGGGAUAUAAAGAACGGUCAGGCUCUUCUGGCCUUGGACAGCCAGUGGCACCUCGGCUGUUUCAAGUGCAAGGCCUGUGGGAAAGUGCUGAGCGGGGAAUACAUCAGCAAGGAUGGUUCCCCGUACUGUGAGAAAGACUACCAGAUUCAUUUUGGCGUGCAGUGUGAGGCCUGUCAUCAGUUUAUCACAGGGAAAGUUCUGGAGGCAGGAGAUAAGCACUACCAUCCAAGCUGUGCACGAUGCAGCCGAUGCAAUCAAAUGUUCACGGAGGGAGAGGAGAUGUACUUACAGGGUUCUACAGUAUGGCAUCCAGACUGUAAGAACAACAGUAGAGUGGAAGAGAAGUACAGACCCACGAGGUCAUCGUCUGAGAGUAUCUGUUCGAGACCUGGCUCGAGCAUCCCUGGAUCUCCAGGUCACACCAUCUAUGCAAAAGUAGACAAUGAGAUUAUUGAUUACAAGGACCUAGCAGCCAUCCCCAGAGUCAAGGCCAUUUAUGAUAUAGAGCGUCCAGACAUGAUAUCCUAUGAGUCUCUCCAUUCCACCUCCUCCACCCUGGAAAGACAAGGAAGACACAGCCCUGGAGAGCCUGUCAAAGCCUCAGGUGGCAGCCCUCCCAGAGGCAGAGCCACAACCCUGCCACAAGACCCCUCCUCACUGUCCGCAGAAACAUCUCCAAGGACACUGUCUCCCACCCCAUCCGCCGAGGGUUGUUAUGACAUGAGGGAGCGCAUCAUGCAGAGAUCCACCAGUCAGGGCUCCAUCGGCUCUCCGGUGUACCACCGCCAUAACUACAUACCCCCUCUGUCCAAGUCGCCCCAACACUUCCACAGACCAGGAAUGCUGAAGCUCUGCUCCUCUUUGCGCUCCAGCGACACGCGCCCUACCUCCCCUUUCCGACAUCACUUCCUCCCCCACAGCAAAGAUUCUUUCUGCAUAGGCACUGAGCCAUCCAGUGGCCGGAGUUCUCCCCUUUCCUCUCGGCCGGCCACCCCGACCCUCUCUCUGACCCCUAAACAUUUCCACAUCCCAGACCAAGGCAUUAACAUGUAUAGAAAACCUCCAAUCUACAAACAGCAUGAUUCAGCUGCACUGGCAGCCCAAAGCAAGUCCGCUGAUGACAUCAUCAAAUCCUCCAAGUUCCCCGCUGCUCACGCCCCACAGCCGGACGAAACCCCAAAGAUCGAGACCGACUACUGGCCGUGUCCUCCAUCCCUCGCUGCUUUAGGCUCAGACGGGAGGAGUCGGUCACGGGAUGAAGAAGAAGAAGAGCAACUGAAACGCAGACAACUUCAGGAAGAACAUCUCAGCAAGAUCCAGUCUGGACUCGGGAAGCUCAUUCUGAAGGAGGAGAUGGAAAAGGAGAUGAACAGAGACAGAUAUAUAAGAAGUGUGGCCGCCCAGCGCUUUGACUCCCAGUAUGCUAACUGUACCACAGACUCCCAGACUGUAAAAACAUCAUCUCUGCCUGGAUAUGGACGGAAUGGCCUCCAUCGGCCCCAGUCCACAGAGCUCUCUCAGUAUAACAGUUACGGGGAUGUGUGCGGAGGACAAAGAGAUUUCAAGCCCACCCAAGAUGCCCAAGAUUCCAUUACGAGAAUGGACAGGGGAAUGUCUAUGCCUAAUAUGUUGGAAUAUAAAGUGUACCCAUAUGAAAUGCUCACUGUCACCAACAGAGGGCGUACUAAGCUCCCGAAGGAUGUGGACAGGACGAGGCUGGAGCGUCACUUGGCUCCCGAGACAUUCUUUGAUAUUUUUGGGAUGGAGAUCCACGAGUUUGACAGACUUCCUCUUUGGAAGCGCAACGACAUGAAGAAGAAAGCCAAGCUCUUCUAACUAGCUGAUUGUGCAUGUUUUAAUUUAUCAGUCACUCAUAUAAUGUAUUAGAGCGAUAGUCCUAUUUUUUUUUUUUUUCUUUUUUUUUUCUUUUUUGCAUCCAAUUACAUGCACAAAAAAAAAGUUUUAUUUUGCUUUAAAACGACCACCUUUUAUUUUCCAAGAUCUAGAUAUCUUUAUCUUUAAACGAGUGAGUGUUUGAAUAGGAACAAAACGCGGUGACCCCUAGAUGCGAACACGCGAGCGAGAGGAGCCGAUGGUGUGCUUGCGCUCAUUAAACCUGCCUCCAGGACCAGAGAGAUUUAUCCUCCUCCCUCCUGGCCCUCUUGUAAAACAGGACUGUAAUUUUUUAGAUGGGGACCCAGGGGCUGUCAGCGGGGAUCUCCCUCUAAACAGGCCGUUAGGUGGUGGAGUUGUAGGGAUCCCUGGAGCCCUCCCGCUGCUGCGGACCUAACGAGACCUUUGAAGUGCGUUAAAAGCGGGAAGUGAGAGCUACUGAAGAUCCUCCACCUGCGGAGCAGAGCUUCUGGAAGACAUUAGAAACUGAAAUCGGCGUCCUGUCCCACCAGCACUCUGCUGCCUUGUCACAAACCUUAAAAAACAUCCUACCUGUAAAGUAGCAAGCAUGUUCACCAUAACCAAAGCCCAAAACAGCACCUGAAAUAGAUAAGUUCUUUAUCCAAAAUCCACUAGUCUGAUAGCCAGAAGAGGCGGUGGUGAUUUAUUAUUAUUAUUAUUAUUAUUAUUAUUAUUUCAAAAAUGAAACCUCAAUUAUGUUUUAAAAUGAUUAUUAAAUGUCGCCACUAGAGGUCAGACGUGGGACGAUAGCAGACAUCGACCCGCUCUGAAACGGCUUCCUCUGAAUCAGACAAUCCGUUUAUUGUGACUUCCGGUUUUCCGCAAUAUUAAACAGCGUUUUAUUUUGAGUUAAGCAAGAAAAGCCUUUGAAAUGACUGCCUCGGGCUAAUCAUACACAGGGCACCUUUUUGAGAUAUGUUGGCAACCAGGUGAAGCCCGUGACCAAUUUAAAUUAUAGAAAUGGAAAUUAUAUUUUAAAUUGGAAAUUAUAAUUAUAUAAUUUGUAACCCAUUUUCAAUGGCAGUGUUGCCAAUUUAGCUAAUUUGUAGCAAGAUUAUUGACUUUCCUCCCUCCCCCCCUUUUGAGACUUUUUUCAAAAGUUUAGGAACAAAUAUAGUAAUUACUUUAUCUACAUUCUCACUCUUAUCUAUAAUAAUUUUUACAUAGAUCAUUGAAUUUGCCGUCUUGAUGUCACCUAGUGGCAUUUAGCUACCAGUUUUGGCUGCUUUCAAUUGAAAGUAGUUGGCAACACUGUUCAGUGGCAAGCAACAUUGCUCAAAUAAAUGUGCCCCGUGUAUCAUCAGCAUCAGAGGUGUUUCAAUACUGCCACUGUGUUGACUUGGGAUUGUCGGAGCUGUAGCCAUAGCAUUUGUGCCAGGUGUAGACUCGAUAUCAGGGCCGUGUCUCUGUCGUUCAUUCACAUUGCUGCCGAAUAAUGCUGUUCCCAUAGACACCGUCUCGGCGAUGUAUUAUGGGCUAUUAUUCUCAGCAGCUUCCUGUGUUGCUAGCAGGGUUAAUGACAGAGAACUAGGACAUAUAACAGCAUUGUGCUUUUAUAGUAUCACAAAACAUAUGACUAUAACGAGUGUGAUUACUAGAAACAGACCUGUAUGUCACUUUAAAAUGAAUGAAGAGUUGGUUUUGAUACCCCUACUGUGUACCUCACCUUUUUCUGUCUUUUUUGAGGGAAAAGAUUUGAUGAAAACGGUGUAUAAGCUCUGCUGAGUAAUAAAACUCUGCUUCAGAUCAAA